AUGACGGAAAUGGAAAGGAAAGCUGUGACGAUCGUCGGCUAUCAGCUGGGGCUGCUGCUGCUGCUGACCGUGACGUUGGCGUCCGCCAUACAAAUCGAUAAUCGUCUCGUACAACCCCAACAUGACUGCUUCGAGCGGAUAGCGCUCGGCGCAAUGCUGCCGUUCGAGAAGACGUUCCGCAACUCGGACACGAACUCGCUGAAGAUCUGCGAAACGCUCUGCCUCAACGACAAGGAAUGUCAAACGUUCGCCUUCGGGAUUUCCGGUAGAGGAAAUGGAACGUGUCAACUGUCGGCGAACACGAUCGACGCCACCAAGUCGCGUCCGGUCGGGACCAUCUUCGAUCCGGACUUUGAUCUGUACACGCGGAAGUACAACUGUUUUUUAGAUGGACCCACAAAUCCUCCGCCCAAACCGGGAGGCCUGGGCAUCUUCCCCGGUGGUGAAUUUCCUCCGGGAGGAGGUCCAGCCGGUUCUCAGCGACCACCACCACCGUCCGGUGGCUCGUUCCCUCCGCCGGGCAUCAUUGAUCGACCGGGACCGCCGGUUUUUGGGCCACCGCCCGGCGUAGGGCCAACUGGUGGCAUUGAUCCACCAACGACGGCCAACGGUGGUUUCGUUGACACUUCCCGACCCAACGGUGAUUACGGUGGGACGGCCCCGACUAGCGACAGUACCGCACCGGGGACAACCUACGGACAAACCAACGGCGAAACGCUACCUGAAACGACGGCUCCGGCGGAAGAGUACUACACCACCAAAGACAACGGCCACUCGACCGGCGGAGGCAAUCCGUAUCUGCCGACGAGCACGGCGGCGGCAACAGGACCCAAUUACGGGCUGGGAGCACCCGGCCAAACCGGCGCGACGAUGCCCGAUCGGGAGAACCCCAGCAAGUAUCCGCUGGAGUUGAGACCACCGUACGGACAGAGUGCUCCCGGACCCGGUGGUCCUUCGAAGCCCGGCACCUAUCCGUAUCAGUUCCCGAUGCUGUACGAAACGAACUACCCGUUGCCGAACAAGCAGACCAACUCGGGGUACCCCGAGAUCUACGCUCAGAACGUACCGACCCUGGACAACAACUACCUGCGCCCGGAGUACGGAGGAACGAGCUUCGGUAGGCCGUUGGGACCGUCCGGAAGUACGCCACCGAUCGAGAAUGGUUACGGUGGGGUGCAACGACCGAGCGCCGGUGGAACCACCGGCUAUGGUACCGGUGGUGGAUCCGUGUUGCUUCAGAAACCAUCGUCCCCAGGUGGUGGUAGUGCUUCCGGUGCCGGAUACGGUCCUGGUCCUGUGCGUCCUUCCGGUCCUACCGGGCCCACGAGCACCGGUUACGGUGUUGUACGUCCGGCUCCUGCGCCUCCCGUUCAACCACCGUCGGGCGGCAGCUAUCAUCAAGCCAACGGCCCUGACCAACAUAAGCCCCCGGCUGACCACAAGCGCCCUUGCUACCGUCGGGUGCUAGCUGGGAAGCGGGUCGCCCCGCAAUGGGUCCGCCGGACGUUGAUUUGUGAGCGCGUCGAGGACUGUCAGCGCGAGUGCGGCGACGAGAGGCGCUUCUCGUGCGAAGGGUUCAACUAUCGCCUCGAUCCAACUGGCCGCGGACAGGGUGACUGCGAGCUGAUCGACCAGCCGCUGUCGCAGAUCGACCUUUACUCCAGUUCACACCAACGCGAUUCGAACCUGAUCCGCGAUGCGGACUACGACUACUACGAGCGGGACCGCAGUGCGACGGCCAACUGCCGGCCAACGUGCAAGGACUGCGUGCUGAAACCGUUCCGGCCGGCGCUGGAGUUCGUUCGGCCGACCACCUACCGACCAUCGCACCAUCCGGAAAGCUACAAACCGUACCCGUCGGAGUACGAGGAGGAUCACUACAAACCGGCGAUCACGGCGAUCGACAAGUACCGGCCACCGAUGUACUCCCGGCCCGAGUUUGAGCGUUACAGCCCUUCGUCGGGCUACUUCCCACCGCCACCACCGGUUGAUUCGUAUCGACCCUCGCUAACCUUCAAGCCACAGUACGGUGCCGAGAUCGAUCGCUACGGAACGCUCGAACACGGCGGUAUCUACAAACCAACGUACGACCGUCACGAAUAUCCGUCGCACCGGCCACUAUUGCCACACCACGAGGAGCUGCGUCCCCUGCAUCGACCGCGCCACCCGUACGAAGACCGCGAUCCGCCAGCGACAGCGCCCGUGUCGACGUCACAACAGUACGGAAACGGUAAGCCGGCCACCUUCAUCCCGUACCUGAUCGGUCAGAGCAUCCACAAGAACGGCGGGGUCUACGGUGGAUCGUACGGGGGCGGCGGCGACUCGUACAAGUCGAUCUCCGACUACUGGGGACUGCGGAACGAGAUCAAGCGCUACGACAGUCCAGCGUUCAACUACUUUGAGCUGCGCAACGAUCGCGAUCACUUCGACGACAACAGCGUGUGGAGCUACGGGGGCACCAAGUACGGGUACGAUCCGGACCCGUCGUACCACCCGUCGGUGGUGCCGUACGAGCGGGACCACCAGCCACCACCGCCGCCGUCGGCCCCCAGCGUCUUCGUGGACCGGGGACACUUCGGGCAGCAGUGGAUCCGCCGGCCGAGCCACGAAGAGUGUUCGGUGAAGUCGAGCGAAGGGUUCCGCCUGCACAAGGGCGUCGUGAAGUACGCUCUCAACACACCGACCGUGAUCGAGUGCGAACGGAUGUGCUACUCGGAGUCGCGGUUCCGGUGUCUCACGUUCAGCUACCGCUACUCGACGGUGUCGCGCGAAAACUGCCUCCUGUGCGAUCGGCCGUUCAAUCUGCUCGACUUCUACGCCGAUCUGGAGCCGGACCGUGACUACGACAUUUACUCGAUGAGCGAUGACGCGAAAACGUGCCACCCGGAACCGAGCCACCCGCGGCGGGACUACAACGCACAGUGCUUCAUUCGGGUGAUCGAUUCGGCGCGGUUCUUCAAGUCGAUCGUCC